GAAAUACGGAACUGGUUGCCCUCGGCAUGUUGCCGGUUUCCACUCUGGUUAGUUGGCCUAAGGCUCACAAGGUGAAAUGGGAUCCUGAUAAGCCAGUGAUGCUAGUUGGAAGAGGGCAGUCCCGAAGGAUCUUUCGCUUCCUGUGCAUUCAGUGGGGGUGCAGCUGACACUUGCUGACCCUGUGAAGGGCCCGAGGGCGACACUGGGCCAAGCGUUGCUGUGGGAGAAGCAAGAGAAUUCACUUGCGGGACAUGCCGUCUACCAUCUCUGUGUUGCCCAGAAGAUGGCUUCCUACCUUGACCCAGCCCACGUGGCCACGUAUAUCCAUGCCACGGAAAUAGACCGGCGGCUGGAAAAGAAACUGAAAAUCACGCAAAAAGAAAGUGUGAAAUCCAAAUCUCCCCCCAAAGUGCCGAUUGUCAUUCAGGACGACAGCCUUCCCUCAGGCCCACCUCCACAGAUUAGGAUCUUAAAGCGGCCCACGAGCAACGGAGUGCUCAGCAGUCCUCACUUGGCCAACCGGCCGGCUUUCCCAGUGAAGUCGCUAGCCCAGAGGGAGGCAGAGUACGCAGAAGCCCGGAAGCGAAUUCUAGGCAGUGCGAGUCCCGAAGAGGAGCAAGACAAGCCCAUCCUCGACAGGCCUACGAGGAUCUCCCAGCCGGAGGAUGCCAGGCAGCCCAGCAAUGUGAUCCGGCAGCCACUAGGCCCAGAUGGUUCGCAGGGCUUCAAGCAGCGCAGAUAGGCAUGGGUGGCCAGCGAGGUGGCACGAAAGCAAGGUUGUCCCCCAGCCUGGACUGCGCUGCAGCAGCAAACAAACAGACCCGAGUGGGGGGGCCUCCUCCUCCUCCUCAGGGUUCCUUGCACUGUGAUUCCCUUUGCUCUGCCGACUGUGCCCUUCAGCCCCCUGCACUGUGACCCCUGCUUUGCCCACUGUGAUGGGUGCACUGAAUAGGGCUGUCCCAGGUUGCUGUCCAAGGGAGUGGGGAGCAGGGUGGUCUCCUCCAUUCAGAGCAAGGCUGCAUGGAGCAUCCCGCUGGCCAGUGCCAGCACCAGCAAUAAGGACCGCAGCCUCUGCAGACAGGCUCAGCUGGGAGUGGAAGCUGGAGGUGGGCGGCCGCUUCCUGAACCAUGCAUGUUUGUCCAUGUUGCUUUGGGGAUGAGUUCUGUUCACAUGGGGGUGGGGGGGGGAUGUGUGCACAAGAUCUUGUUUGCUUUUGGGGAAUGGGAUGGUGUCGAAGCCAAAAGUGCAUGAGAAGAGGCAGGGGGAGGGCAUUAGGUUUUUAACUUGUUUAUCUGAGAAGUGAUAGUUGGUAGAUGUCCAGGGAGAGAAAGGAAUGUUGGUGAGAUUGUGCAGGGGUGGAAGUACAGGAUUUGGUGUGCUCGGCCCGCCUCCUGUUCCCCUGGAAUGGAAUGUAGGGCACGAAUAAGCUCCGCCGCCACAGGAGGCACUCCUGCUCAUACCCUGCUGGCCUCUGUGGCUCUGGGAGAAAUGAGGGGGAAUGUCCCUCUUGCAUUAGGGAGGGUUGGCUGAUGCACCCUUGCCUGCUUACGUUGCUUCCGGGCCCUGGGCUGGUGGCUGCUUGGUGCCACCGGGACUGAGAAUUGCGGGUAAGUAAGUUGAGGACCGUGCUGGCACCCUCAGGCGAGGGUACCUGGUUGCUGGACAGUGCUUGCACUGGCCAGGCAGGCAGAUCUUGGCCGGCUGGAUCUUGGCCUUGUCGCUGCAAGGGAGAGUCCGCAUCCGCAUACGUUGACAUGCCUCCAAGCAGGCAAAGUGGUGAGCAGAGGAGAGCAGGGCGCAGCUUUCCUUUUCGUGCCCAGUUGGAAGGUCAGACCUGAUGUUUUGCAGUCAGCCCAACAGGAUGCAGGGAUAUCUGAGGGACUCUGGGGGAGACUUCUGGCAAUAAUUUGUUGCUUUGUCUUCAGUCUCACCUGGGUGGAAAUGGUGGGAUUUAGAAGACCACCCUACAGAUUUUUUCCCUGUCAGUUGGGGACAGAUUCCCCUGGGAGGCUGGCAGGUUGGGGGAGGCUUUCUGCCUGGUGCAAAGGCCUGUUGCGCCAUCAGCUGGGCCUUCCCUUGUUCUCUAGCAGCCAUAUUGGGGGCUGGGCUUUAGGCCUUCCCCCGCCAAUGCCUUCAAGUGACCAUGGGCUAGCUGGCUUCGCUGUGUCUCUGAUCUGCCUUUUUGUUCUGCGGUCUGGUUACAGAGGAUGCCCCCAUUUAGGCUUGCAGUGACUGUCAGACACUUCAGCUGCUUCUUAGACUAGAAACGAAGGGGGCCUUUGCCUGAGUUGGGGCGGAAGGGGUGGGGGAGUGAGGGAAGGAGUCUCUUUGUACGUCAGAGACAUGUAAAAAAUAUUGCAAAGCAAAUAACUGGUUGAGGAAAAUCAAUAAUAAUAAAACUUCCUGUGUACCAAAAGCAAAGACGUGACUGACCAUCGCUCUGUUUCACUUGAGGCCAGUUCUGCCCUCUCUGGGUCUCUUAGCUGAGCCCUCUAGGCUGAGGGCUGGGGCAAUGCCUCGUUCAAAACAAGCAGGGGCUUCCAUGGCAGCAGCAUCUUUUCCUCCUCGGGAUCACAGUGGGGGGUUGAAAGCGAGGGCUAUUUGGGCUUGUUUGUUUUGGGUUCUGCAUCCUUUCCCCCAGCCUCGUGUCUUACCGUGCCUCUGCAGGGACAGGAAUACUUCCCAGGUAGAGGGGCAAGGGGGGAGGUUGGGUGGGAGGGAAUGAGUCCAGAAAACCUCAACAGGAAAAGGGACACACAAAGGGAAUAAUGGAAUAAGCAAUAACGGUGCCAGUCGCCGUGCCUUUCCUUAACUCUACUUUCAGCUGGGUGGCUGGGCAGUGGGAAUUAGGACAGUCCCCUUCCCUCUGCCGUGGAGUGGUUUCUGCUCACAGGGCCGUUGCUGCCACAAAAGGUAGUUAGCUCUUCUGCUAGCGUAGCCAUACUAAGGUGAGGACCCUGUUAGCCUGCAGGCAGGCAGGUGGGGUGCCUCUUCCAGUCUCUCCCUGAGAGCUCUUUGGCGUGGACACCCAGGCAACUGUCUUGUUCAGCAAUCAGUGUUGGAAUCAGUUCAAAGUCCUCUUGGGGCUGUGUUUGGAGCGGUGGGAGGUGUGUGUUCUUAGGGGCACUUUAGGGUUUGUGUGUGCAUUUUCACAUGAAAAAGAAGUGGCCACAUCGGCCCGUGACCGUCCUAAGUAUGCAGAGAAACAUUUUAUAAAUUGUAUUUUAAAUAAAUGUGUUAACUUUUAAA